GAAAUGAGUAUCCUCUGGCGUGAGUGGCGUCCAUCUCCGCUUCUUCUUUCUCUCGUCGGCAGCUCUCAGUUCUGCUACAUCCGCAGGAGAUUGUUUUUAAGAAAGUGCAAUGGCUGAUAUGUAUCAAUACCCCACAGUUGCUCAGAAGGUGGCUUACCAGCUCCAUUUGAGCUCGAAUGCUAAGCAUCAAGAUGCUCAAGCUCUCUAUGGGGGAAUUCGAAAGCCUGUUCUCAAUCAGAUGGGUUUCACCUAUAGAAACCACAUCACUAAUGGGAUACAGUAUCCGAACACUCAGCCAUGCAAAGCCACCCAAGAUCUGUCAUUGAUCACAGCGAAUGCUUCUCCUGUGUUUGUCCAGGCUCCUGCUGAAAAAGGAUUUGCUGGCUUUGCUAUUGAUUUCCUCAUGGGCGGAGUUUCCGCUGCGGUAUCCAAGACUGCUGCUGCACCAAUUGAGCGCAUCAAGCUUUUGAUCCAAAACCAGGAUGAGAUGAUUAAGGCUGGUAGACUUUCCGAACCUUACAAGGGAAUUGGUGAUUGUUUCAGUCGAACUAUUAAGGAUGAAGGAAUUAUAUCAUUGUGGAGAGGAAACACGGCUAAUGUCAUCCGUUACUUCCCCACUCAGGCAUUGAACUUUGCAUUCAAAGAUUAUUUCAAGGGCCUUUUCAACUUCAAGAAAGAUCGUGAUGGUUACUGGAAAUGGUUUGCUGGCAACAUUGCAUCCGGUGGUUGUGCUGGUGCUUCCUCAUUACUCUUUGUUUUCUCUUUGGAUUAUGCACGUACCCGUCUAGCUAAUGAUGCCAAAGCUGCUAAGAAGGGAGGUGAAAGACAGUUCAAUGGUUUGAUUGAUGUCUACAAAAAGACAUUUGCAUCCGAUGGUAUUGCUGGACUCUAUCGUGGAUUUAAUCUUUCAUGUGUUGGUAUCUUUGUGUACCGUGGGUUGUACUUUGGAUUGUACGAUUCAAUUAAGCCUGUUGUUUUGACGGGGAAGCUAGAGGAUAGCUUCUUCGCUAGCUUUGCGCUGGGAUGGGUCAUCACAAACGGUGCAGGUCUUGCUUCCUACCCAAUUGACACCGUUCGUAGAAGAAUGAUGAUGACAUCUGGGGAGGCUGUCAAGUACAAGAGCUCUCUUGACGCCUUCUCUCAGAUUGUCAAGAACGAAGGCUUCAAGUCCCUUUUCAAGGGGGGUGGUGCAAACAUCCUUCGUGCUGUUGCUGGGGCUGGUGUGUUGGCCGGCUACGACAAGCUUCAGCUGAUUGUUUUUGGUAAGAAGUAUGGGUCCGGCGGCGCAUAAUGUGGGGACUAUCUUUCCCCGCGGUUGUGUUAGAUGGUGACGAAAGAAAACCCGGUUUGAGAAUUCAUUCUGCAGCAUUUGAAUAAUUUGAUUUUAGGGGGCUUGAGCCCAAACUUUACCCUGCCCUUUUGAUGAGGAGAGAUUGUUUGUUUUCCUCUCGUUUUUCUUUUGCAUUUGCAUUUGCAUUUGCAUACCUUUUGAGUAAGGAGAAGUUCACAAGAUUCUCAGAACUUAUAAAUUAUAAUUCAAGUUUUUUUAUUUGGGAUUUUAGCUCUGGGUAAUCUUGUGGGGUUCCUCUUGGCUUUAUUUCUAGGGUGUUGUGUUUGUAUAAGUUUUCUUUUCGGUAGAGCGAAAGAUUCACUAUUUUUAAAGCCAAAUGACUCUUUAAAUUGUCUGUGCUUUUUUAAAUAGUAAAAUAUCAGUUAGUGA